AUGGCAGCAGCGGCGGUGCCCGCGGUACUGCAGCCGCGGUGGAAGCGUGUAGUGGGCUGGAGCGGCCCGGUGCCCCGUCCCCGCCACGGACACCGGGCCGUGGCUAUCAAGGAGCUAAUGGUGGUGUUCGGCGGGGGGAACGAAGGGAUAGUGGAUGAGCUACACGUCUACAACACAGCGACCAACCAGUGGUUCAUCCCGGCGGUACGAGGCGACAUCCCGCCCGGUUGUGCCGCCUACGGUUUUGUAUGUGACGGGACUCGGCUGCUGGUGUUCGGAGGGAUGGUGGAGUACGGCAAAUACAGCAAUGACCUGUACGAGCUGCAGGCGAGUCGCUGGGAGUGGAAGCGUCUGAAGGCCAAGCCUCCAAAGAACCACCCGCUGCCCUGCCCUCGCCUCGGACACAGCUUCUCUCUGAUUGGCAGCCGCUGCUACCUGUUCGGCGGACUGGCCAAUGACAGCGAAGACCCGAAAAACAACAUCCCCAGGUAUCUGAAUGACCUGUUCUGUCUGGAGCUGCGGCCGGGCUCCAGCGUGGUCGGCUGGGAGCUCCCGGUGACGUCGGGUCCUCCGCCUCCGCCCAGAGAGAGUCACACGGCCGUGGUGACGAGCGGCCGUGGAGCCAACAGGCUGAUCAUCUACGGAGGGAUGAGCGGCUGCAGACUGGGAGACCUUUGGGUGCUCGAUAUCGACUCCCUGACGUGGAGCAAGCCGGACCUCGGUGGAGCGGCCCCGAUGCCCCGCAGCCUGCACUCCGCCACCACCAUCAACAACAAGAUGUAUGUGUUUGGAGGUUGGAUUCCUCUGGUGAUGGAUGACGUCAAAGUGGCGACACACGAGAAGGAGUGGAAGUGUACCAACAAUCUGGCCUGCCUCAACCUGGACAACAUGUGCUGGGAGACGGUCCUGAUGGACAGCCUGGAGGAAAACGUCCCCCGAGCUCGAGCUGGUCACUGCAGCGUGGCCAUCAACUCCCGACUCUACAUCUGGAGCGGAAGAGACGGAUACAGGAAGGCCUGGAACAACCAGGUGUGCUGCAAGGACCUCUGGUACCUGGAGUCAGAGCGUCCCAGUGCUCCGUCUCGGGUCCAGCUGGUCCGGGCCAACACCUCGUCUCUGGAGGUGAGCUGGGGGCCGUCGACGACUGCCGACACCUACCUGCUGCAGCUACAGAAGUACGACAUUCCCGCCACACCUGCUCCCACCUCACCUGCCCCCAGCCCCGCCUCCAACCCCGUCCCCAUCGCCACACCUGGAGCCAGCUCCCCUAAAAGCCCCAUCCCCGUCGCAGCAGCUCCAGCCAGCCAGGGCAUCCCGCUGUCCGGCAUCACGUUAGUCCCCUCCCCCACAGCCGCCAUAACUGGAAACCCGUUGGCUGCUGCCGCCAAAAAUCCAGCUGUCCUGAAGGUGGCAGCUCCAAGUACCGGAGGUGGAACCUCCAUCGUCACAGUUCGACAGGCCGUGCCCAAAUCCCCGGUAGCCGUGACAACACUUCCUGCAGGUGUUCGGAUGGUGAUGCCUGCUCAGACCAGUCAGGGGACGCCAAUAGGAAGCAGUCCUCAGAUGAGCGGGAUGGCGGCUCUGGCAGCGGCGGCCGCAGCCACUCAAAAGAUUCCUCCGUCCGCAGCGACGGUGCUGAACGUCCCAGCAGGAGCCACGACAGUGAGGACGAUGGCCAUCAGUCCAGGAUCCAGCAGCCUGCCGGUCAAAGUGGCGUCUCCGAUCACGAUGGUCAGUAACCCGGCCACUCGAAUACUGAAGACCGCCGCCGCUCAGGUGGGCGGGGCCUCUGUCGUCUCCACCACGGGGACGCCCAGCCGACCAAUCAUCACGGUUCACAAGUCGGGCACGGUGACGGUCUCCCAGCAGGCUCAGGUGGUCACCACGAUGGUGGGCGGAGUCACAAAGACCAUCACGCUCGUCAACAGCCCGCUGAGCAUGGGCGGAGGCGGCACCCUGCUCAGUAACCUCGGCAACCUGGGGAAGGUGAUGUCAGUUGUCCAGACCAAACCAGGUCAGAGUGGAAUGCUUACUGGUCAGGCUGGGAACAACCCGCUCGCCCAGCUCCUACAGGCGAAAGGUGGUCUCCCGCCAGGCACCAUCUUGAAGUUGGUGUCGUCAGCGGACGGUAAACAGACGACCAUCCUCAGCACUGCGCAGGCCGGCUCCACGGGAAACAAACCAACCAUCCUUGGCGUCUCCCCGACAACCUCGAAACCCGGAAACACCAUCAUCAAGACCAUCCCACUGUCUGCGCUGCAGGGUGGGGCAGGUGGUAACAGUCCAAUCACAAUCCUGACCACCAAAAUGAUGACGGCAGGAACAGCUGGAAAAAUCCUCACAACUGUCCCCAAAAUUACUGCAGCUGGUCAGCAGGGACUCACACAGUUGGUGUUGAAAGGAGCUCCGGGGACGCCGGGGACGAUCCUCAGGACAGUCCCAAUGAGCGGAGUCAGACUGGUGUCACCGGGAGCAACCGGCUCAAAACCCAACGUUACCACGCUGGUCGUCAAGGCAAAUACAGCAGGUGUCUCCAGUCUGGGGACAGUAACAGGAAGUGUCUCCUCUCCAAUAGCAACCGCUGCCAACGCCUCCCUGGCAACACCCGUCACCACCCUGGCAACCAUUGCUACACUGGCCAACCAGGUCACCGCGGCAACCUCUGUCACAGCAGGACCCAAACAGGUGACUCUGAUCACGACUCCAAGCGGCGCUGAGGCUCAGCCGCUGGUCCAGGAUCUGCCAGUGUCCUUCAUGGCCUCUCCUACCUCAGAAGAACCAGGAAGUACUACGAGUACUACUACUACAACUACUGCAGCGGGACAGGCAGGAGACCCAGCUGCUGCUACAGUGACGCUGGUCUGCUCCAACCCGCCCUGCGAGACGCACGAGACUGGCACCACCAACACCGCCACCGUCUCCACGUCAGCCAUGGGGGGUAACAACAGAGUGUGCUCCAACCCGCCCUGCGAGACGCACGAGACCGGCACCACAAACACCGCCACCACCGCCACGGCAACCAUGGGGGGUAACAACAGAGUGUGCUCCAACCCGCCCUGCGAGACGCACGAGACCGGCACCACCAACACCUCCACGGUGGCGUCUUCCAGCAUGAGCGGAGUGCCGCAGCCUUCAUCUCAGCAGUCUGGUCCCGUUUCUUCACCUGCUGUCGCUCUGAGCGGAGGAACCACCUGUUCUAAUCCGCCAUGUGAGACCCACGAGACCGGGACAACCAACACGGCGACGACAGCAGGAGCCGGAGGAAUCAGACAGGUGUGUUCAAAUCCACCGUGUGAGACCCACGAGACCGGAACCACCAACACGGCGACGACAGCAGGAGCCGGAGGAACCAGACAGGUGUGUUCAAAUCCGCCAUGUGAGACCCACGAGACCGGAACCACCAACACGGCGACUACAGCAGGAGCCGGAGGACUCAGACAGGUGUGUUCAAAUCCACCGUGUGAAACCCACGAGACCGGAACCACAAACACCGCCACCACAUCAGGAGCCGGAGGAGCCAGACAGGUGUGUUCGAAUCCGCCGUGUGAGACCCACGAGACCGGGACUACCAACACAGCGACUACAGCUACAGCUCAGCAGGGCGGAGACAACACGCAGGAGUCCACAGACCCCUCGUCCUCCUCCGACUCCACCCCGUCCACCACCACAACCAGCCAGGGCAGAGCUGUUACCACGGUUACACAGUCCACACCCACACCUGGACCUUCUAUACCUGCGAUCUCCUCAUUGGUCGGAGAGGACAGGGCAGAGUCCUCUGAGGCGGAGGCUGUCGCCAGGACAGGAGACGGGGAGGAGCCUAUGCAGACUGAUAUGUCAUCAGCAGCGUCGGUGCUACAGGUUCACGUGGAGGGCAGCGAGGCAGCUCAGAUGGCGUCCUCAGACAGCGGUCUCCCUCAGGAGCUGAUGUCAUCAGAAGGGGACAGCGGUGAGGCGGACUCUGGGACGACGACCCUGUUGGUGACGGCGGAUCAGCUGGCUGCUAGCGCGGCGGCAGAGGAAGCGGCGGCUCAGCAGGCGGCUCAGCAGGCGACGAUACAGGCGGUGCUGCAGGCAGCCGGACAGAUGGGAGAAGGAGCAGUGAGUCAGUCCAUCCCCAUCGUGCUGACUCAGCAGGAACUAGCAGCUCUGGUCCAACAGCACCAGCAGAUGCAGGAAGUCCAAAACCAACCGGAGCAGAGCGCCAUGCCCACAGAGGGCCUCGCUCCAGCCGACAGCCUCAACGACCCGGCAGCCGAGAGCAACGGACACGAGCUGACAUCAUCGGCGGUGACGAGCGCCGUGGCCCGAUUGGCCAGCACGUUUGGCCCCGCCCCUCCUCUGACAGCCAGCCCUGCUAAGACUCAGACGGCCGCCGCCGCCGCACUCGGCGAGGUGUCCAACGGCAUCGGAGCGAUCGCUGGGAAACAGGGCGUCCCGGUGAUGAGGUCAUCAGCGAAGGACAGUCAGUGGUACGACGUCGGGAUCGUCAAGGUUACCAACAUGGUGGUCUCUCAUUACUACGUCCCCUACGAUGACAUCGUGAUGGAUAAUGACUCAGGCGUGAUACCGGACUACAGUCAGAUGAGGAAGGUGGAGCUGCAGCCGGGGACGGCCUACAAGUUCCGGGUCGCAGGGAUCAAUAUCUGCGGGCGCGGAACGUUCUCUGAGGUCUCGGCGUUUAAAACGUGUCUGCCCGGUUUCCCCGGAGCACCGUGCGCAAUCAAGAUCAGCAAGAACCUGGACGGAGCUCAGCUGACCUGGGAGCCUCCUGCCGUCACAUCGGGGAAGAUCACAGAGUACUCCGUCUACCUGGCCAUCCAGUCCAGCCAGGCCAGCGCCUCCGGGUCCAGUUCUGGUCCGGCCCAGCUGGCCUUCAUGAGAGUCUACUGCGGUCCGAGCCCGUCCUGCCUAGUCCAGGCCACCAGCCUUGCCAGCGCCCACAUCGACUACACCACCAAGCCCGCCAUCAUCUUCCGCAUCGCCGCUCGCAACCAGAAGGGUUACGGACCGGCCACGCAGGUCCGGUGGCUCCAAGAAACCAGUAAAGAUGCCAAACCAGCAGUGAAGAGACCGGGAGCGUCUCCAGAGUAUAAACCCGCCGGACAGAAGAAGUUCAGAGCCGACCAAUAGGAGGAGGAGCUCGUGGCCUGUCGGAGACUGUGAUUGGUUACCUGAGCUGGAGGCAUAGCUCUUACAGCUUCCUGUCCAGCAGGAAACUAACGUGAAAAGACUUGUAGGAUAUUUGUAAAUUAUCGACCAAUCAGAACUUUUCUCUUCUUCUACUUCUGUUAUUUUUUUCUUUUUUUCUUUUUUCUUCUGUUUUUUUUUCUUUUUCUGGUUGUCAUGGAGACUGUAAGGGGUCGGGGGGACAGCAGCAUUUCACCGUCAGCUAAAAUUAAUAAAGUUUAUUUGAAGUUAGUAGGUAGGUGAUUUAUGAGGUCAAAGGUCACGGUGCUGUAAGGGGAGGGGGGGCAGUUUAAAUUAUUUUUCUUUCUGUGUAGUAACAAAAAUUAUUUAGUUUUUCUUUUUUUUUAUAAACGACUGUAAGAAAACAUUUCUUCUUUUUUCUGUUAAUGAAGCGUUCGUCUGAGCAGGAAGUGAAUUUUCAGCUGUUUGAAAAUCAAAAAAACCUGUUUGUUAAUAUUCUCUCGAACAAUAAAGAUUUUUAGAGCAUUUUUUUACAGGCAGUGUGGCGUCUGGCUUCCUGGAGCUUUUCUUCUUCUUCUUCUUCUUCUUCAUCUUCUUCUUCUUUGACUUUUAAGUGUUUGUUGAAUGUUCGACCUGCAGGCGGCUCAGAAGAACUUUAAAACUUUUAUUUACUGGAUAACAAACAUUUGUGACUUUUAUUACAAAACCA